AUGGGAACAUCGCAACCAAUUCUUGACAUUGGCUCUGCCUCCUCUUCGCCAAAGAGAACGACGGCCCACCUUCUCCCUUGCAAAAUCCAUCAUACCGGGCCAGUCGGACCAAUACAGUCCUUCUGGGACCCACAAACAUCAACAUCAACAGGCAUCAAAGAAGCCUACUUCCGCGGCCGCAAGCUAAGAGGCAAGCCCGUCGCAUUGCCAGAAGGAUACAAAGGUGUUGUUGCCAUCUCAUCAUUACCAGAUCAGAACGGAGAGGCAGAUGUGAUAGAUCUCGAGAAAGAUAGCCAUGGGAAACUGGAGGUGCAAGCUGAGUUUGACGAGGUAGUGGUCUGGGGUCAUGAAAGCUUAGCUGACGCAGCGGCGGAUGGGUAUGUAAGGAGUCUGGAGGAGUGGGUGGGUGUCGCCGCGGCAAUUCAUUCUCUUGAUAAUGGGGAUACAUAA